AUGGAUGCUUUCAGAUUGUUGACUCGGUCAACAAAAUUCAGCAAGUCGGCUGCUGCGCCGGCUGCAGAGUCGACUGCUCGUCUGCCAUCGACGGGCAAGGCGGCGAAUCCGCAGCUCUUCCGAACCGCUGCGGGCGAGAAGCUCGAGUCGGAGAAGAACAAGAAGAAGAGGAAGAGAGCUGCCGCCGCCGAUGAUGAAGAUGGCGAGAAUGAUGCAGCAGAGCUGGACUUUUUCCAGUCCUCCAAGCGCUCUUCCACAGUCAAGGCGGAAUCUUCUGCGACCACCAAGGGCGACCAGGACCAGACGUCUGAGCAAGAUGAUGGAUCCGAUGAAGAGGAUGAAAUGGAUGAAGUUGAGCGUCGCACGAUCUUGAACUCGCAUAAGAUCAAGGUGACCGAUCUCCGGGACUUGGACGAGAUCCAGCCCCAGCCUACACCUGCCACGGAUUCCAAGAAGAAAAAGAAGAAGCAAAAGAAAGACGAGACACCCGUUCUCAGCAAGAAGGAGCAGAAGCGCGCUCGACGCGUGUAUCCACAGCCUCUGACUUCGUUCAAGGAGUUGCGCUCGAGAUACAAGAUCUCGAGCCGGUUGGCAGAGAAUGUCGCGGAACAGGGCUUUACGGUGCCUACGGAAGUGCAAUUGGGGACGUUGCCUCUUCUUCUGGGGGAUUCGUCCGUUUCAUCAGAGUCUAAUGAGGAGCCUGAUUUGCUGGUCGUGGCCCCGACUGGUAGUGGAAAGACGCUUUCCUUCUUGAUUCCCGUGAUCAACAAGAUCGUUCGACACCAUCACUCUUCGCAGUCUGACGAGCAUGGCAUUUUGUCAAUUAUUGUGGCUCCGACUAAGGAGCUCGCAAGUCAGAUUGUUAAUGAGGGCCGGAAAUUGGUGGCUGGUACCGGUGUUAAGAUUACCCUGAUGAAGAAGGGUAUGCGUGUGGUGGAGCGUGAUGACGAGAGUGAAGCAAAUGUUCUUGAUGAGGACAGUGAGGCAUCUGAGUCCGACGAAGAGGAAGAUGACGACAAGUCGAAGAAGACUUAUAGCAAUGUUCCGAUCACCAAGAGCGAUAUCCUGGUUACUACGCCACUUCAGCUUGUGAAUGCCCUUUCAGAGCAUCAGAACAAGCCCAUGGCUAAAUUGCCCCUUGUGCGCAGCUUGGUCCUCGAUGAAGCAGAUGUGCUACUGGACCCGCUCUUCCGUGAGCAGACCCUGGACAUCUGGCGCUCCUGCGUCCACCCCGACCUGCGCGUGAGCCUCUGGUCUGCCACUAUGGGCUCUAACAUUGACGAUCUUACCCGGUCAACGAUCAAAGAGAGACAAGCCGAUAUUGGACAGACGAGCACCACACAGCACCCGCUAGUUCGUCUCGUCGUCGGCCUCAAGGACUCUGCCAUCCCCAAUAUCGAUCACAAACUCGUCUACGCCGCUACCGAGCAAGGCAAGCUCCUCGGCCUGCGUCAACUUCUCCGUCCUGCGGCUGCCACAGCUUCAGACGUCCGUCUGCGCCCACCAUUCCUCAUCUUCACGCAAACCAUCCCCCGUGCCAUCGCCCUGCACUCUGAGCUUAAAUACGACAUCCCCGCCGAAGCAGGCGGUUCCUCUCGUAUCGCCGUACUCCACUCUGAUCUAUCAGACACCCAGCGCUCCGAAAUCAUGCGAGACUUCCGCAAGGGCGAGAUCUGGAUCCUCGUGACAACCGACCUCCUCGCCCGUGGCGUGGACUUCCGCGGUAUCAACGGCGUCGUAAACUACGACAUCCCCAACUCGGCCGCCGUCUACGUGCACCGCGUUGGCCGAACCGGCCGUGCCGGUCGCGAGGGCGGUAUCGCCGUGACAUAUUACACCAAGGAGGAUAUCCCCUACGUCAAGAGCAUUGCCAACAUUAUCGACGUCAGCGAGAAGCUCCGGGGUACCGAGGGCGAGAAAUCCAUUCAAAAGUGGCUGCUGGAUUCACUCCCCGAUUUGAGCAAGCAGGAUAAGAAGGAGCUCAAGAAACAUGGUGUCAAGGCACGACAGGUUUCGAAGCAGGUUGGUAAGGGUAAAGAAGGUGAUGGGAAGGGAUUGCGGGGGAUGAGGAUUAGUACGAAGAGUGGGUUUGAGAGGAGGAUGGAGAAUAAGAGGAAGGGGGCUAUUGAGGCUAGUCGGAGUCGGAAGGCGAAUGAGUCUGGAAAAGCUGGGGAGGAGAGUGAUAAUGGAAGUUGGAAUGGGUUGGAGGAUUAG